AUGGAACAAGCAGGUAGUUCCAUGGACGAAGUUCUGUUAGAAGAAAUACGAGAGUACAAGGAAACUCUCACCUGUCCUUCAUGCAAGGGAGUUAGUAAAGAACAACGGGACAAGGUGCAGCUCAUGGCGGCUGAGAGGAAAGCCAGGAUGGAGUUAGAAGACCAUCGACAGAAAGCUAAGAUGGCGCAGGAAAGCAAACGCGAGAGGCGCGUGGCGGAUGAGGACGCACUUCGUAAGAUAAAACAGUUGGAGGAACAAAAGUACGAGCUACAGAAACAGUUAUCGUGCGCUAGACCUAACAAUGAUCCACUCAUGGCCUUCCCUAGACCACUCGCUGGGUCACAGGAAGAAGAAGCUUUACUGAACGAGAUGGAGGUAACGGAACAAGCAUUUGUAGACAUGCAGGAACAGAAUUCCCGGCUCAUACAACAAUUACGAGAGAAGGAUGACGCUAAUUUCAAACUUAUGUCGGAAAGAAUAAAGGCCAAUUCACUGCAUAAGUUGCUCCGCGAAGAAAAAACAGCUUUUACAAGAACAGGUAGUGACAGGGGACCAGCAGAUAGAGUAGAUGGGGCUGGUGACACGUCGGCUUGA